UCCUCCUCCUCCACCUACUACUACUGUUACUACUGCUACUACUACUACUAUUACUACUACUACUACUCUACUACUACUACUACUACCUACCUACCACCAACACUGCGUUCCUCCUCCUCCUCGACCGCCUCCGCCACCUCCGAAUGCCGUGCGCCCUCAGCGCAACGGAGCGCCGAAUGCCAUUUCACUUUCGUUGGGCUUCGCCGCGUAGGAGAUCAGGCCCUGCCAGGAAUUAUCCUUCCGUUCUACGUGCUCGUAACCUCUUCGUACACGAUCACGCUCGGCUUUCUCGCGGUGUCGCCUGCAAUAACGCCGGCACCACCUCGUUUUCACCUUGUGAUUUCUCUUCCUUUCCUCCUCCUCCUCCUCCUCCUCCUCCUCCUCUUCCUCUUCCUCCUCCUCCUCCUCCUCCUCCUCCUCCUCCUCCUCCUCCUCCUCCUCCUCCUCCUCCUCCUCCUCCUCUUCCUUCUUCCUCUUCCUCCUCUUCCUCUUCUUCUUUCUUUGCACGUUUCUCCUCCUCUUCCGUCUCGGCGAGGGACCAUCCGCCUACGGAGUGCCGCAACCAGUCGCUUUUGAAAACGGCCGACCAGCUCAAAAUUAAGGGCCUCUGUGAGGUUCCUGAAAGCAAGGACGGACCACCAUCAGUGAGCUUGAGCUCACCACCAAGAGAACCUGGUACACCAAGAUUGAACUUUACCAGGUUGAAGAGACAUCAUCCAAGGUAUAAGAGAGCGAGAACAUCAUUCGAGCCUCGUGCCACUGAUUCAAGGCACUACGAUAGAUAUAAAGAGGAGGAAACUAGCGAGAGUUACGGUCGCAAUAAUAAAGAGAAUCACAGAGACUGGCAGGCCGAAGAUGAAGAGUGUACGGAGGUGGCAGCGGCAGCAGCAGCAGUAGUUCUGGAAAGCUGCCAGCGCAACAGUAACAACAGCAGCAACGGUAACGGUACAAACAACAACAACAAUAACGGUGACAUGUUCUGUCACACAGGGCUAGGUCAUUACGGUCAUCACCCAGAUCCUGGAGAGGUAGAUCUGCCUCCGGAAACACAGCCCACACCACCGAGCGCUACUUUGGUCGGUACCACUAUUACUCAUCUGCGAGACUCUGAUCAUCAUUCGACUGAGAUACAAAAUUGCGAUAGCGUGAAGAUCAAGUUCGAAACUCUGCACACGAUGGAUUCUUCGGACACAAUCGAUAUCGACAGUCACAUGUCGGAUAGAGCGAGCGUAAGCUCAAAAAAUGCAGCGGAUAGCGACAAUAUGAUGAUGAUCACGCCUGAACUUCUCGGACUUAUGCCUUCUGGCAGUUCGAUUCACUCGGACUCGGGUGAAAACAAUUCGAGAGGUCAUUCUGGACAAUCGAGUUCACAUCAUCAUGGUACCAAAUCUUGGACUCAGGACGACAUGGACGCCGCGUUGGAAGCCUUAAGGAAUCACGACAUGAGUCUUACGAAAGCAUCUGCUACAUUUGGUAUCCCAUCAACGACGCUCUGGCAAAGAGCUCAUCGUUUAGGCAUCGACACGCCAAAAAAGGACGGACCUACGAAAUCCUGGAGCGACGAGAGUUUAAAUAAUGCAUUAGAAGCAUUAAGAACAGGAACGAUUUCGGCUAACAAAGCGUCGAAAGCUUUUGGUAUACCUUCUAGUACUCUCUACAAAAUAGCAAGAAGAGAGGGUAUUAGAUUAGCUGCACCUUUUAACGCGAGUCCCACUACUUGGUCACCUGCCGAUCUGGAUCGUGCUUUAGAAGCAAUAAGAUCUGGUCAGACGUCUGUCCAGAGAGCCUCGACAGAAUUUGGUAUUCCCACGGGAACUCUCUAUGGUAGGUGUAAAAGAGAAGGGAUUGAACUUAGUAGAAGUAAUCCUACACCUUGGAGUGAAGAUGCUAUGACUGAAGCUCUCGAAGCUGUCAGGCUAGGUCAUAUGAGCAUCAAUCAAGCAGCUAUUCAUUACAACUUACCCUAUUCCUCGUUGUACGGACGUUUUAAAAGAGGCAAAUACGAAGAACCAGUAGUCGGUGACUUAUCACAGGAUGGCACCAAUCCACAUUUUCAUCAAAGUCCAACGCAGAAUCACUCGUCCACGAUUCCCGAUCAAAUGUCUUAUCAGGAAUUCAUAUUUACACGGCCAACAGUGGAACCAGGACAAAUGGCGAAGAGCUAUGAUAAUUGCGAAUGUAUUGCAACUUAGUAAAUUACAUUUUCUUUUUUUUUCUUUUUUUUUUUCAUUUUCAAGGAGAUUUUUUUUUUUUAUCAAUCUCCUUCAGCUCGACUGCCACACGUAUUGGAUAUGUUAUACGUUAUAUAAUUUAUUAGGCUCUCACAACACACUAUUAUAUUAUACAUAAAUAUACAUAUAUAAAUAUA